CAGCAUUUUAGAUCCACAAUUUAAAGAUUUAAAUUUUGCAAGAUAUGAAAAAGAGCAGAUUAUUCAAUUAAUUCAAAAUAAAUUAAAAAACAAUUCUACUAAUGAUAAUAUAAUUCCUUUAAAUGAUAAUUUAAAUGAAGAGGAUAAUAUUG